UGGAGAAGCCCACCACAUACUUUUGUUGAUUGUUUCCUGCAGUCGCGUGACUGAAGCUGGGAAGCAGCAGAUAUCGGCGCCAGGAGACAAGAUGUCCCUCACUGUGAAAAACCUUUCUGUUACUUACAAUCCUAUCAAUCAGGGCAAUACCUUCACCAGUGGGGAUUUUAUAUCGGGACAAGUCAUUCUGGAUGUAGCGAAGGACACAAAAAUGCAGUCGUUGAGUGUGAAAAUUAAAGGUAAAGCAGAAGUGCACUGGUCCGAACCUCGCGGCAAAAACACUGUGGUUUACUCGGAUAAGGAGAAGUUUUAUUCCGUGGAGAGAUUUUUUGUUCGGGAGGACAUAAAACAUGGAAAUGAGAUGCUGAAAGAUCCAUCAGGACAGCCGUAUUCUUCUGUUGUGGCACCAGGGCGUCAUGUUUACCCAUUUACCUUUCAGUUGCCUCUACAGCACUUCCCACCAACCUUCAAAGGUUCAGUUGGAAAAGUUGGUUACACUUUGGAGACAAAAAUUUCCAGAUCAAUGCGUAUUUCCAUUAAAGACAAAACAGAGUUUCAUUAUGUCCCCAGACCAGUUGUGUCCAAUCCUGAACUAAUGGCACCUCAGCAUGGAGCCAAAAAUAAACCAAUGAAACCCUUCUCUUCUGGGAGUGUCUCGAUGAACAUAAACACUGAGAAAAUGGGAUACUACCUUGGAGAGGGCUUGAAAGUUUUGGCUGAAGUUCAGAACCGUUCUUCCCGCACAAUCAAACCAAAAUACUGCUUGUAUGAAAAACACAGCUUUUUUGCAAGAGGCAAGAGAAAACUUCACACACAUGACUUGAUUAAAGAGGCAGGGGAACCCAUUGAGCCAAACUCUAAGAAAACUGUCACCAAAAUGCUGUCAAUUCCACCCAGCCUUGCCAUAUCUAUCCUAAACUGUAGGAUCCUCAAGGUUGAGUACAGACUCAGGGUCUACCUGGAUGUGCCAUAUGCCUCAGAUCCAGAGAUUAAAUUCCCAGUUGUGAUUCUUCCUCCUCCGCCUGUCUCAGGGGCUACAAACAGUGACUUUGGAAUCUGGAAUCAUCCACCAGGAAGCAAUGUGUACCCCAACCCACCUCCUAUGGCUUCACGUGCCCCACCACUUAACGUGGUUGGACCACCUGGUCAGUUUGGUGCCCCUGGCUACUAUGGACCUCCUCUGAAUUCGUUUCCUGCUCCUGGUUACCCUGGACCUCGGGGUCAGUUUGUUCCACCUAGUUUCCCUGGUCACUUUGGUCCUUUAGUUUCAAAUCAGUCUGACCCAUCAGCUCCACCUCCUUAUCAGGAAUAUCAAUUUUAUCCACAGUGGCCAGACCACCCUGAAAAAUCUUGACAAAGUAAUUUUAGAAUCACCUUAGAUUUCUUUUGUGUUAUUGUUUUAUCUAUAAUUUUGAAAUGAUUUAUAUAUAU